AUGGAGCUGAGGAGGUCGAAGUUCGGAAGGAUCUGCGUCUUCUGUGGCAGCAGCUCGGGGAAGAAGAGCAGCUACUCGGAGGCAGCGGCGGCGCUGGGGAAGGAACUGGUACGGUGUGGCUUCUUGUUUCGCCUAUUUGUCGGAGGGUUUCCUCCUAAGCUAUGGGGGCGUGGUAUCCUUCACCUUCCGCCCAUCUCCAGCUCCCGGACAAUUAACCCAUCCCCGCCUGCUUGUUCGGGUCCCGUCUACACCUGCAGGUGGAGAGAAGGAUCAAUCUGGUCUACGGAGGAGGAAGUAUUGGCUUGAUGGGAGACGUCGCGAAGGUCGUCAGCGACGGCGGUUGCCAUGUCUUGGGGUCAUCUCUUCUCUCUCUCUCUCUCUCCCUCUCUCUCUCUCUCUCUCUCUCUCUCUCUCUCUCUCUCUCUCUCUCUCUCUCUCUCUCUCUCUCUCUCUCUCUCUCUCUCUCUCUCUCUCUCCCUCGAUAUAUAUAUAUAUAUAUAUAUAUCUGUGUGUGGAGCAUUUUGGGAGGCUGAAACCCUCUCCCUCCCACAGAAAGACGGAUGCACCUUUGCCUCAUCCGACAACCAUUCUCUAGAAAUCAGCGUUGACUUUUGACUGAAUCUUUCGAUCCAUAAAUUUGCAGUGUCAUUCCCAGGACGUUAAUGCAGGAGAAAGUAAGUCCUUCAGACCUAGCAUUCCAUAUGUUAACCGUAAGAGGAAGGAAAUCAGUUCAAAUGUGAGAGGGCUCCUGCGUGAAAAUCUGCAGCUGACUGGGGUAGCUGUCGGCGACGUGCAAGUGGUCUCCGACAUGCACGAGAGGAAGGCGGAGAUGGCGAAGCAGGCUGACGCCUUCAUCGCCCUGCCUGGUACUUUAAAUCUCGAUCUCCCAACGCCUCUUAUUUUCUUCGUAAUUCGCGUGUUCUUACUGUUGUCACCCUUUCCGAAUCACCCAGGAGGCUAUGGAACUCUCGAGGAACUGCUGGAAGUCAUCACUUGGGCUCAGCUCGGGAUCCAUAACAAGCCCGUGAGCACCUCUCUCUCUUACACACACACACAUCGAAUGCACUUUUAUCUCUCAUCUGGCGGGUUUCCUUCCAGUCGGAAGCGGCGGCGAUAACCUUGUCGUAUGCUUCUGGCAGGUGGGUCUUCUGAACGUCGACGGCUAUUACAACAUCCUGUUGUCGUUCAUCGACAAGGCUGUGGACGAGGGGUUCAUCUCCUUCUCCGCCCGCCGGAUCAUCGUCUCUGCCACCACUGCUUCGGAGCUGAUCAGAGAGCUGGAGGUAUCCUCGUCUCCGUUCGACUGUAGAAAUAUGAAGCUCUACCCUAUCUCCUCUAGAAGGGGCUGAUCCGUCGGUAAUAUUCCUCCAGGAGUAUAUCCCCCAGCACGACGAGGUGGUGGCAAAGUUGAUAUGGGAGGUGGACCCCAGGAGCUACUACACGCCGGAGCCGGAGCCCAUGGCCUCCGCCUCCUGA